UGUUUCGACGAAUGUCACUGGUUGAGUAACAGGUAUGUAUAUGUGCGUCGCCUAAUCCGACAAUCAGUUUCAAAAUAUCUCUGAAGCAGGCUGCAGCUACCUAGUUUAGAAAGUUACAUUACCAGCUGGAAGACCUGUUUGGCAGAACUUGACACGCCUGGGGAAAUGUGCUUAAACACCAUCUACAUCAUUGGCUCUCUGCUGCUGUUGUGCAUAUGUUCUGGGCGAGAAUCGCCUACAAGGCCUCCAGAGCCGCCUACCACGACGACCACGACCACCACGACUACCACGACAACCACGCAGCCUCCAUUGGUGUUCAGGGCGAAUGCGAAAUCAUGUGUCACCGAGAGUUUGGGGCAACUUGUUAUCCGAAUUAGGAGACCAUCAUCGGAUAGGUCGACAAUGACUGCAUCAGUGUCCUACACCAACGGCGAUGCAGAUUCAACCACUGACUACGCCAACAAUGUCACAACGCUCGCAUUUCAAAACGGAAAGAGAAAUGCUUUUCUGGAAGUGCCUAUAAUCGACGAUCUGGUUGUCGAAUCACAGGAAAAGUUCUCAAUUACAAUCAGUGCCUCAGGCUACGAUGACAUCACCAUCAAGGGAUGCAUAAACGAUGACGACGCUGCUGUUCUAUUCGACUGUAACCGGUAUGGUGUUACCUGCAAAGCCGGCGUCUGUCCACCCAGCAGUUCGACUUGUGACUGUUCCUCCGCUACUGGUAGAACAGGAGAUGACUGUGGUAUUAUUCAAUCUGACAUAAAUGGCCCGGGCUGUUCUGGCAUGGACUGUGGACGUAACGGACAGUGCGUCUCAAACGGGUCAACAGGUGCAUGUGUAUGUGACUCUGGAUAUUACAAUGGCAAAGCUGAGAAGUGCGAACGCAAGAGAACAACCAUCACAUCCUGUGAUAACAACAAGAUGACAAUCUGCAUGAACCCCAUCAACCUGUACCAGCCCCUCAUCACGGUCUCUGGCUACACCUCCACUGAAUGCACUGCCAAUCCAGUAGGGGGUAUCACUGACACUGAAGACAGGAUCCCCUCAGACAUACAAGGCCAGUGCAUCACUGUCGGCUUCAGUGGCAGCUGUGGAACGUACACCACUACGACACAGGGAGGGAACGUGUGUUAUACAAUACCAUACCGCAUCCAGUACAACCCUAACAUGCUGGUGGCCUCCGAUGAAGUUGUAUAUGGCAAUUGUUGUGUCAACGAAUCCGGGCAAACCAUAUCCACAGAUGCCAUCCUAGCAGAUACUGCAACAAACUUUCUCAACAAACAGCAAGCGAUUGCUCACUUUUUGGGAGUAAAACUAUCCGCCACGCUGAGUAAUGGUCGCACCAUAUCCAACCCUGUUCCACUUAACCAAAUCUACAAGCUGUGUUUAAACAUCGUGGAUGAUGGCUUUUCGUACCUUGGCUUGAUCCGCAUAAUCGUCCAUAAUGGUCAGACGGAUUCCUCGCGGAAAGAGGCAGUGGUGUUUGGAAACGAUGGAUGCAGCGACGAGUCCGGUAAGGCAAUCGUGCACUCCUAUCCACGCAGAGUGAGUAACACGAAGAUUUGCAUGCAGUACAGACCAGGUUACUUCCGACCAGGGCCUGCAGCCGUGGUGCACGACAUGAAGUACAAACUGUGCCUCUCCGGGGAUCAAGCUGGCUGUCAACUGACAACAUGCGGAGUAACGGGAGACAGAAAGAAGCGUCAAACCAAUGACGGCAGAGUUGAGUCAACAGCCAACACCACAGUGUACUUUGAGGAUGACACCACGACAGCAUCGCAAACAAACGGCGAUACUAGUGUUUCUCCAACAGCAAAGAAUUGCCUUCCUGAUAUGUCUGUGAUGUACCCCGCCACCAUCGUGGUCUGCAUCGUCGCCCUGAUACUCCUCCUGAUCAUUGUGUACAUGUGUUUCCUGCUCAUGAAAAAACGCGACGCAAACAAGAGGAUGAAGACAAUGAAGUGAAGUCCCAAAAGAGUCGCAUGUCACACCGCUACUGAUUCAGCUUAAGUCAUAAUAAACUGGAAAUAGAUAUCAUUUAAUCGCACUGUCAAAAUUUAUUUCAAUUCAACACACAAAAAAAGGAAACCCUUUCACACUUUUUAGAUCGCACUAACACCCAGGUCAGUUAACACAGAUCGCAGAUUACAUGUGUAACAAGGUCUCAUUACUUACAACACACAUUUUUCAUAAUGUUUACAAGACGCAUGUUUCAAGCAAUGAAACAAAUGCACGCUUUGUUGGCACAGGAGGUUGUUUUUGUUAAUGUAGUGUAAAGCACGCGACAGAUUAGUGCACCUACAUCUUGAUCGUAGCAUUUGAGUCCGGAAUCGAAGUUGUUAUUUGGAAAGUUUGCAGUGUUUCAGUGACUUUUCAUCGUAAGGUUUUGACAAAGUCUGUAAUUUUGGUGAAAUCCAAAUCUUAAGUGUAUACUUUCUUUUGACCAGCAAUUAACAUUAGUCUUAGGUCGUUGUUUUAUGCCACGGUCAUAUGUUGAAGAAUAAAAAAUAUACAUUUGGAA